CUGCAGUCCUUCCUCGAGCUCGAACAUCUAAUCAAUGGCGCCCCCUUCCAAAUCAAAAUUCAGCCCUAUUUCCCCAUCCUCUUCAAAAUUUCUCAAUAUCGCAUUGGAUGAUGACGAUUUCCAAGACUACCCUUCCCCAUCUCCCAGAACCAGGUCAAUCCUGCCGCUUAAACCAAGCAAUUUGACGGCUCAUCGCCCAUCGAAACCCCCGAAAAGACGGAAACUGGCGAAUCUCGAGAAGGAAAAUCGUAACGUUGCUGAAGCAGAUUCAGAUUUGGGUUGUGGGCUGGACUCAAUUGAACCGACACUUGAUUUUUUGAAUAAUAAAAGGGUUAGAGAUUGCACUCGCGCUGAUAAUGUGGGUGAGUCGAGAAAUUUAGAGCCAAUCAGAGAAGAUGAAGAAGGAAACUGCCGCGAAGAAGCUUCGGAAGGAAGCUCGCGGCUCGAUGUGCUGCUCAAGCUGUGUGCUGAGGUGGAUGAGACGGGUAGUGAUGAUGCUGGCGAUGAUAUGAAAUGUGAUGUUGUGAUUUCAUGCCCUCUCUGUGGGACUGAUUUAUCUGAGUUGAGCGAUGAAGGGAGGCAUAUUCACACUAAUGAGUGCCUGGAUAAUGUGGAGGCCCCUGCUCAUGUGGCUGCCGGUAAUGAUGACGCAGGAGCUAAUCAGUGUCCUGGCCAAGUAUUAGAUGGUUCUCCUCUAAAACCUUUGACAACUGAUGUGGAUGUUUCUCCAGUUGUAGAGUGGCUACGCAACUUGGGCCUUGGAAAAUAUGAAGAAAUUUUUGUUAGACAAGAGAUUGACUGGGAUGCACUGCAAACACUGGAAGAAGAGGAUCUGUGUAACAUUGGCAUUACAACACUUGGUCCAAGGAAAAAAAUUCUUCAUGCUCUCAGCGAGCUAAGGAGUGAGUUGACCAGGAUGGUGGAACCAAAGACAAAUCCCUCAAGAAGUGUACCAGAUGAAACUAAACUAGGGAUGAACAAGUUAAUAACAGAUUUUUUUCCGGGUUCUCACCCUGUUAAAAGAGCUGAAACUGGUACUAAUGGACAAAGUAGUGUUCCGAGAAGUAAGGCAAAUACUAGCAAUAGGAGAACGGAAAAGAAAGAUCAUGUAAGAAAUGGGAAACAGAAAGAUGUUCCUUCGUGGUGUAGCAUUCCUGGUACACAAUUUCGUGUGGAUGGCUUUAAGUAUCUAAGAAGGGAUUGUUCUCAUUAUUUUCUCACUCACUUCCAUUUAGAUCAUUAUCAAGGACUUACGAAGUCCUUCAGUCAUGGAGUGAUAUAUUGCUCCCUAAUUACAGCAAAGCUAGUCAAUCUGAAACUUGGAAUUCCAUGGGCAAAUAUUCAAGUUUUGCCUCUCCGUGAAAAGAUAAAUAUUGCAGGCACGAAUGUAACUUGCUUUGAUGCUAAUCACUGCCCUGGUGCGAUCAUAAUGUUAUUUGAACCACCUAAUGGUAAGCCUGUAUUACACACUGGUGAUUUUCGAUUCUGUGAGGAAAUGACAGAGCUGUUCAAUUUGCAAGCUUGUCCAGUCCACACUCUCAUCCUUGACACAACCUACUGCAAUCCCCAGUAUGACUUUCCGAAACAGGAGGCCAUAAUCCAGUUUGUCAUUGAUUCCAUCCGAGCUGAAGCUUUCAACCCAAAGACCUUGUUUCUAAUUGGCAGCUAUACCAUUGGAAAAGAAAGGGUGUUUCUAGAGGUUGCUAAAACACUGCACAAGAAAGUCUAUGUCACUGCUGCAAAACUACGAAUCUUGGAAUGUCUUGGAUUCAAACAGGAAGAUAUGCAAUGGUUCACCACAAAUGAACAGGAGAGCCAUAUUCACGUCGUUCCCAUGUGGAGUAUUGCCAGUUUCAAGAGACUAGACCAUAUGGCUAAACAUUACAUGGGUCGGUUUAGUCUGAUUGUUGCAUUUUCGCCUACUGGUUGGUCGUUCGGUAAAGGAAAGAAGUCGACUGGGAGAAGGUGGCAGAAGGGCACUAUGAUAAGAUACGAGGUACCAUACAGCGAACACAGCAGCUUCAUGGAGCUGAAGGAGUUCGUAAAAUUGAUAUCUCCUGCAAACAUCAUCCCGAGCGUGAACAAUCACGGCCCAGAUUCGCAGAAUUCAAUGGUAUCCCAACUCUUGUCUUAAGCAAACUCCAAAAUCAAUGUUGUAAGCAAACGCAUAUAAACAUAAGUGCUGCAUAAUUAUCCUACUUCAUUGAUAAAAAAAAAUGCAAAAAUACAGAGACAUGUAUAUAAUUAGGCAUGCACAAACCGAACCGAACCGUCGGUUCACGAACCGGAACCGGCAACGGCGGUUUGAACCGGCAGACGGUUUGGCGGUUCUAGCGGGCCGGUUCAGGUUCAAAAAAAUGUGA